AUGGGCGCUAUUAUAUCSUAUWUGWAUCCCGAACCUGAAUCAACCCUGGCCAUUUACUGGGACAUUGAAAACUGUCAAAUACCGUACCGUAAGUCACCGGCCACUGUAGUSGRYAGUCUGCGUAACUUUAUUGACCGUAACUAUGGCUACCCGAAWSAAAAACAGCCGAAAAUUUUCGAUUGUGUCGGCAAUUUUGACGGUAUUGGCCAACAUGUUSACGGWCUYCGRGCWUCGGGAGCCCAGUUGGUCGCCAUACYGGCCGGUUCGGGWCGUAAUGCAGCCGAUCGGGUACUAACCAAACGUAUGGGCCAACUGAUCGAUAGCCUCAGUGGCCAAYCAUUAGCGGCUAAAAAAUCGAUAUUAGUUUUAAUAACCGGUGACCAGGAUUUUCAUGCGAUUAUAAGUGAUGCAAAAAAUUCGGGUCUAAUUGUUGUACUAAUUCAUAGGGAAAAUGUUUCCCAAAAAAUGAUAUCAUUGGCUAAUAAAUCCAUAUUAUUUGAUGAUCUAUUAAAUGAUUAUUAA